AUGCCAAUCCGCCGUUCACACAAUAAGUCACGCCAUGGAUGCAAUAAUUGCAAGCGAAGGAGAGUGAAAUACUUCCAGUGCAACGAGGGUCGCCCGACCUGCAUCAACUGUGACCAGAGACAGGAGCCAUGCAUCUACGCUGAGACGGGGCCAGUGGCCUUCAUGGAACAGCCCAAAAGAAGAUAUCAAAAGAAGACUUCCUCUUCAGACGAGGAUCAGAGAUCACAGAGAUUAGGUUCUGAAUCUCAAUAUUCUACCGUGACCCAAAAAGAAGGAGACCGUGCCGAUGAUUCAUCAUUAACUGCGGAUACGCCUUCAUUGAAUCUGAUACAGGCCGAACUUAUGCUACAGUGGAUCUACCACACUCAUAAGAUUUUCGCACGCAAUGAAGCAACUAGACAAGUUUGGGAGAAACAUGUGACGAGAGAAGCUCUACAGGCGCCAUUUUUGAUGCAUGGUAUCCUAGCGCUUUCCGCGCUACACUUGUCACACCUCCGCGAGGACGGAAAACACAUCAUGUGGCUCGAUGCAGCGAUAGCCCACAAGAGUACCGCUCUAUCCAUGUUCACAGAACAACUAAGCAACAUUAGCAACUCGAAUGCGAAAGCAAUGAUGGGCUUCGCUGGCCUUGCGUUCGCUUUCAGCUUGGCAAGUACUCUGGAAAGCGCAAAGGAUGUCUCGAGACUCGAUGCUCUCAUUGAUGUUUUCUCUAUGGCUCGUGGGGUAGAGACUGUCAUGAGUGCCGAUGAAGCUUUCAUUCAAGCAAGUGAAUUUGCGCCUCUUUUCGAUAUGACCUCUCCAGAAGUUAUUGUACCUGAUGACACAAUCAGAGCUCUUGAGGAUCUCAGGAAACUAUACGAUCGGUACGCCCUUCAAUCGGAUCAUAAUCUUGAAGCAUAUAAUUCGGCAAUAUGCUGCUUUGGACGACUUGUUGAGUUCGCAUAUGCAGAACCAACGUCAAUGACUUUAGCUGGUGGAUGGGCUAUCCGAGCACAGGCAGACUAUGUCGAUGCGUUGAAACGUCGGGAGCCUCUAUCCUUGGUGAUCCUAGCGCACUAUGCUGUAUUCCUGCAUCUGGCGCGAGGAAAUUGGUGUAUCGGGUCAUGGGGGCACGAAGUACUAGAAGAAAUUUUAGCAAACCUGGACUCUGACUGGCUCCCUCAUGUGAGCUGGGCAUCUGAGAAGGUGCUGGGUAUACAUUAA